AUGGCCAAACGGAUUCCCGCCAAUGGGGUUGCCAAGACCCACAAUUUGCCUCCCAAUCUGGGUAUUGACGAUCGGGAAACAAGAUCCGAGACGGAAAUGGCAGGCACAAUAUUCCGUCGACGGGGGAUAAGAGCAUGUCGCCCCUGGAUCCGAGCCUCCAAUCUGAGCCAACCUCGCCUUCACCUCACCCUCACCAAAGCCCUCGCCCGCACGCACCACGUCAUGCAGUUCACCACCCUCCUGGCCCUCUGCGGCCUGGCCGGCGCCGCGUCCCUGCAGCGCGUGGCCAACUUUGGCGCCAACCCGGCCAACGUCAAGAUGUUCGUCUACGUGCCGGACCGCCUGGCCGCGAACCCGGCCAUCGUGGUCGCGGUGCACCACUGCCAGGGCACCGCCAGCUCCUUCUACGGCAGCACCCCGUACGCGCGCCUGGCGGACCAAAAGGGCUUCGUCGUGGUCUACCCCGAGUCGCCGUACCAGGGGACCUGCUUCGACGUGUCGUCGCGCAAGACGCUGACGCACGACGGCGGCGGCGACUCCAACAGCAUCGCCAACAUGGUCAAGUACGCCAUUGCGCAGUACAAGGCGGACGCGAAGAGGGUGCACCUGGUUGGGGCGAGCAGCGGAGCCAUGAUGGCUAACGUCAUGGCCGCAACGUACCCCGAGCUCUUCCAGACCGUGAUUGCGCACUCUGGCGUGCCGGCCGGCUGCUUCAUGUCGGCGUCGGGCCAGGUCAACGGGUGGAACAGCAGCUGCGCCAACGGCCAGGUGCGGCCGUCGCAGGCGGUGUGGACCAAGAUGGCCCGCGACAUGUACCCGGGCUACAGCGGGGCGCGGCCGAGGAUGAUGAUCAUGCACGGCGGGACCGACACGACGCUGCACUGGAACAACUACGAGGAGGCGCUCAAGCAGUGGCGGGGCGUGCUGGGCGUGGCCGACUCUGCCACCAGGACGCUGCAGAACUCGCCCGAGAGCGGGUACACGACCACGUUUUAUGGGGGGGACGGGCAGCUGACGGCAAAGGUCAAGGGGGUGUGGAAUCCAAAGUACGGGCACAACAUUCCCAUCAUUGGGGGCGACGACAUGGCUUUUAUGGGGUUGUGA